CUGGUUGGUAGCCAGUCCAAUUCUUUCCCACUACAAAUCGGCUCAGAGAAACCGCUGGAAAUCUACCGAAGAAGUAAGUGAAGCUUCGUGCCAAUUGUUAGAUCUGAAACAGAAGUUUGGAAAGGGGAGAAAAGUUACUCGUUCGCCUGAUACCGCCAGGCGAGUCCACGGGAGGGACUGUAGCGCAGUGCUGGCUUGCCAGCACACAGGGACCUGCCGGCAGCCCAGCCACCUUCAGGACAGGCAGGCGCUGCAGGGCUGCCUCUGAGCAUGACCAGGGCCGCAGCUGAAGUGUUCCAAGGAUGGAGCAUUUGCCUUCUGUUGCCUGCACCUGCCAGUGUCCGGUGCUAGGAGAGUCUGAAGAAUAAUGGCCCUUUGUGGAAUAUGAAAUGUCCCUCCUGCUCCAUGGUUUUCUGUUUCUAACCCUGGAUAACUGAACAUGGCCCUGAGUCCACAGAAAGCCAACUGAUCUACUGCAAAAUGCACCAGCUUUUCAGAUUAGUUUUGGGACAAAAAGAUCUUUCAAGAGCUGGGGACCUCUUCUCUUUAGAUGAUGCUGAAAUCGAAGACAGCCUCACAGAAGCUUUGGAGCAGAUUAAAGUAAUUAGCUCAUCUUUGGAUUACCAAACUAAUAAUAAUGACCAGGCGGUGGUCGAAAUCUGUAUCACAAGAAUUACAACAGCCAUCAGAGAGACAGAAUCCAUUGAAAAGCAUGCCAGGGCCCUGGUGGGACUGUGGGAUUCCUGCUUGGAACACAACCUGAGACCUGCAGGGAAGGACGAAGAUACCCCACAUGCAAAAAUCGCAUCUGAUAUCAUGAGCUGCAUCUUACAGAAUUACAACCGGACCCCUGUGAUGGUCUUAGCUGUCCCCAUCGCAGUGAAAUUCCUCCACAGAGGCAACAAGGAGCUGUGUAGGAACAUGUCCAAUUAUCUGUCCCUGGCUGCCAUCACCAAGGCAGAUCUCCUGGCUGAUCACACUGAUGGGAUAAUCAAGAGCAUACUCCAAGGAAAUGCCAUGCUGUUAAGGGUGUUACCUGCUGUCUAUGAAAAGCAGCCUCAACCAAUCAACAGACACCUGGUGGAACUCCUGGCCUUGAUGUCUCAGUUGGAGCAAACAGAGCAGUACCAUCUACUAAGGCUUCUGCACGUAGCAGCAAAGAGAAAAGAUGUGGAGGUGGUUCAGAAAUGUGUUCCUUUCCUGAUCAGGCAUUUGAAGGAUUCAACCCAUAAUGAUAUCAUCCUAAACAUCCUAAUAGAAAUAGCAGGCUAUGAGCCACUGGCUUUGAACAGUUUUCUCCCAAUGUUGAAAGAGAUCGGAGAGAGAUUUCCCUACCUCAUUGGACAAAUGGCAAGAAUCUUUGGUGCUGUUGGGCGUGUGGAUGAAGAAAGAGCCAGGAGCUGCCUACGAUACCUGGUAAGCCAGCUGGCUAACAUGGAGCAUUCCUUCCACCAUAUUCUCCUGCUGGAAAUUAAGAGCAUCACUGAUACCUUCCCCUCCAUCCUGGGCCCUCACAGCAGGGACAUCUUCCGCAUGAGCAACAGCUUCGGCAACAUCGCCAAGCUGCUUUCCCGACAACUGGAGAGCAACAAGGCUGGGAGUAGCAGGUGUCUCUUUGUCAGAAUUUGGCCACAGCAACAGAGAAAAGCCAACACUGAAGUUGGCUUUCCUGAGAAACUGGGAGAAGCCAAGACCAUGGAGCCUGAAAGUGAAGACCAUGAAAAACUCCAAGUUAAAAUCCAAGCCUUUGAAGACAAAAUAAAUGCUGAGAGCAAUACUCCUGGCUCUGUCCGGAGAUACAGCUUAGACCACAUCUCGAAGGAAGAACGAAAAAACAUUCGAUUUAGCAGGUCCAGAAGUUUGGCUUUGAAUACUGUGCUCACAAACUGUGUGAGCGCAGAAGAUGGCGAAGUUGGAGAAAGGGCAGGAAUGCAUGCUAGCAUCUCUCUUUCAGAAAUAGACCCACUUAGCCAUGGAAUUGCCAAGUUGCCUUUUAAGAUAGACGCCCAUGGAUCACAGUUGAGAAAUUCCUCAGCUUCACACCCAAGCAUUGUGCAUAUAGAACCAGAGAAUAUGCCUGAAACUGUUCAAGAAAACAUCCAGGAAGAAAUUCCAGAGACAGCCACGAGUCCUGCAGAAUAUCAAGAUAAGCUCUACUUGCAUUUAAAGGAAAACCUCAGCAAAGUGAAGGCUUAUGCCAUGGAAAUCGCAAAAAAAGUCCCAAUCCCAGACCAGUGCACCAUUGAAGAUACUAUGAGGAGCUGUGUGGCAAAGCUGUUCUUUACCUGUUCCUUAAAGGGUCAUUACUGCCUGUACAGCAAGUCCAGUUUCACCCUCAUCAGCCAAGCGCCCCAGCCCUGGAUCCAGAUCAUGUUUCUCUUCCAGCAGAGCCUGUUUCCUGAACCCUUGUCCAUUCAGAGCGGGUCUGUGCAGUUCCUCAAAGCCCUGUGGGAGAAGACUCAGCCCAGGGGAACCCACAGCUUUGAAGUUGCCAUGACUGAGUCCACAUUUCCACAGCAGAAGCAGGAUCUGGACCAGCUCCGGCUCCAUCUGGAAGAGGUGAGGUUCUUUGACGUGUUUGGCUUCAGUGAAGCAGCAGGGACAUGGCAAUGCUUCAUGUGCAACAACCCUGAAAAGGCAGCCGUUGUAAAUCAAGAUGGCCAGCCCCUCAUUGAAGGAAAACUUAAAGAGAAACAAGUGAGAUGGAAGUUCAUCAAGAGGUGGAAAACUCGCUAUUUUACAUUGGCUGGAAACCAGCUUCUCUUUCAAAAAGGAAAAUCUAAGGAUGAUCCUGAUGACUCCCCAAUAGAACUCAGCAAAGUACAGAGCGUGAAAGCUGUGGCCAAGAAACGCCGGGAUCGCUCUCUCCCCCGGGCUUUUGAAAUCUUCACAGACAAUAAGACCUAUGUUUUCAAAGCCAAGGAUGAGAAGAAUGCAGAAGAGUGGCUGCAGUGCAUCAGCGUGGCGCUGGCCCAGGCAAAAGAGAGGGAAAGUAGAGAAGUGACCACAUAUCUGUAGGGGCACAGACACCGCCUCUUGUGACCACGCAUAAUUGGUCUUGCCAGUGUUAACAGAAAGAGAAGUCCACCAGGGUAUUACUGGGUUUCACUGAAUACCAGUGAAACCAUUAUCCCUAGGGAGGGCCUAAAAUGGCAGGAUUCUCAGUAACUCCCACGCCCUCACAGCUCAUGUAUUAGCUCCAAGGUUUCUGCCUGAAGUACAUGAGGGAAAAAAGCCACAGAGUUUAUGCUGGAGCAUGUGGGCCAGGGAAAGAAAGUUACAUAGAUGAGAGAUUGAUGAGACAGAUAUAGAUGACAUAGAUAUAGCUAGAUAUGAGAUGGAGGUAGAGAUAAAUAUAGAAACUUCUGUAGCUAUGUGAUUUAUGACUGUCACCAGCAAAAAGGCUCAGCAGGUGAAAGGCACUUGCUGGCCAGCCUGAUGGCCUGAGUUCUAGCCCCAUAAAUGACUUGGUGGAAGAAGAGAAUCAACUCUGGGCAGUUGUCCUCUGCUCUCUGCAGACCAUGCUGCAUCCAUUCCCCCAGUAAAUAAGUAAGUAAAUGGAAUUCUAAGAACAGAUGCCUGAAAGAUCUACCUUGAAGGAAAACUAGCGCAUUAAGAACAUAGUGUUAAAAAGCCAUUAGGACAAGGUGAACUAAUGAACACUGAAGAAAACUUUAGAAUAUCAGUUACCUUUCUGUUGCUGUGACAAAACGUUCAGACAAAAGUAACUUGGGGGAGAGAGGAUUUGUUUCGGUUUAUGGUUCCCGAGAGAUAGCGUCCAGUGCGGCAGGGAAUAAGUGGCAGCAGGCAGAACAACGUGGCGGCAGGAACAGGAAGCUGGCUGACUUUCGUUCACACAGGGGAAGCAGAGAGAGUGGGAAGGAGGGUAAGGCUAUGAAACCACAAAGCUCGCCUUCACUGAUGUAAUUCCUCUACCAAGGCUCCACCUCCUAAGGGUUCCAUUACUUCCCAAAAGAGCACUACCAACUGGGGACCAAGUGUUCAAAUUUGUGAGCCUGUGGGGCUUAUUUACUAUUUAAAUGACCACACUUCUAUCUAUCUUCUCAACACGGAAGAUGCUAACACGUGGUGCAGUGAUUCUUAAUCCAGUUACAUAAUCAAAUGUAGGCUUUCAUUAGAGCAUAAAUGUUAAUGUUUAGACACAUGGUUCCAUCCAAGGCAGUAAGUAUAGAUAAGUUAAGAAUAGAAAGACACCUUUUCUUCUUUUUUUAGUGGGCAUCAUCACCCUUAAACUUGAAGGUUUUUAGUUAAAAUUCUGUGGUUUUUCUUCUCUGAAUCAAGCCUUGCAUUGCCCAAAUUAUAAACAUUUUAUUGUUGUUGUUGUUUUCCAUUACCCUUAUAUAAUUUUGAAUUAAGCUGUCAUGGGCAGCUUAGGUGACUUCCAGUGACCCAUGCCCUGCAAUAAUGUUCCACCCCUUGAGGGAUGGAGUGCGAGAUCUGAAGCUUGCUUCUAAUUUACAUGCUAUGGCAAAAGUGAUAGGACAGUCUUUUUUUACAGCUGUGUUACAUUACAGCAGAUAUUUAAAAAUUAACAGAUGAAUUACGGUCCCCCGAUGUCUUCAAUAAAAUGAUAUAUCCUGAAUAGCCAGGUUAUUCAGCUAAGCUGUUUAGAAGAGGCUGAUCGUACCAGACUCUCCUGAUGAGCUUGAAUAAGCUGCCACAGUGCUACAGCUGCAAGACAAUGACCCUUGCCAACGACCUUGUGACCUUGAAACAAUAGUGAGCCUCUCAGGAUCUAACCUGCCUUUGCUUAAACAUUGUCCAGCCACCACGUUGGUGGCAGUCGUGACAUGCUCUGAUCAGAGGACCCGGACAAGAUGAACUCUUGUCCCACAGAAACUAUGCAAUAAUAAAUGUAUCCUGCUUUAUAUGCAAACCAUGUGGUGAUUUGUUAUGCACUGAUUAAUUCAUAUAAAUCCUCCUGGUAAUAUAUCAAAGAUAACUUUUUUCCUGUGAAACUGAUUUAUUAUGUAUUUUAGUAUAGAAGCCUAGAAAAAAAGACUUAAAGUUGUCACUACGCUGACACUACUGUUAACUCACUGGCGUACGAAAAAUAAAAGGGGUCAUACUUGAGCAAAGAAACUUAAUUCAAUUUAGCAUGUAAAGUUUGAAGAUAUUAUGAGCCACAGAAGUUAUUACACAUUGGAAAUAGAGUUCAAGAGGCCAAAUUUUGGGUCCAGUGCAUAUGCAGGUAAUUGUGAAAGACAUGGAAUUGGCUGAAAUUACUGAAGAAGAAUAAGAAACGAAAGAAUUGAUGCUGACUGCUUGAGAUACCGAUAUUUAGGCAAAGGUGGGUUAGAUUAGCUGAUCAGUAUUCAGAGAUGGUGUAGUCCAGGAGACACGAUAUUACAAAAGCUAAAUUAAGAAGGAUUUUUGGGAUGUCAACAAUUUGAAAUCCUGAAGAUAAAGCUUGAUUUUCAUAAUUAGGAAGCAAUCGGUGUCACUGGCAAGAACAGUUUUGUUGGAACAAUGGAGUACAAGCUAACUUUCAAUGUAUUGCAGUAACUGACUGUCAUAUUUUAAUUUUUUUAAAGGUGAGGUUAAGGUGAAAGAGCAAGGAUAGAUAAAUGACUUCUUAUUUUGUUUUUAGGUGAAGUCAUCUUAAGAGGGAAAACAUUUAAAUAUGUGUAGACAAGGAAAGACAAGGGCAAAGUUGCUAGAUGUGACAGAGAACAAUUUUUCAAGUUCUGUAUCUAGGAACCAGGGAAAUGUCUCAGUCAUGAAAGAACUUGCCUGUAGACAGAAACCCCUGAGCCUAAAUCCCCAGCACGUAUGUGAAAGCCCACCCUGGCUUUGGGGACCUGAAACCCUGCACUGGGAGUUAAAGCCAAGUGGACCCCGAGAACUCCUUAGCCUAGCCAGUCCAGCUGAAAUGGUAGACUUCUGGAGGAAGUACCACUUCUGAGGAACCCUGUACAGUGCUUGGGAAGAUAAUGACUCCCGUAGGUUUAUAUGUUUGACUAUUCCAUCCCCAGUUGGUAAAACUAUUUGGGAAGGAUUAAAAGGUGCAGUCUUGUUGGAGAAGGUGUGUCAUUGGUGGGUGGGCUUUGAGGGUUCAAAAACCCAUGACAUUUCAAAUUAGCCACCACCACCCAGCCACAAGAUCGUUAUUGCCACAAGAAGGUUGCUGUCACAUGUGAGAUCUCAACUACUGCCCCAGGACCAUGCCUGCCUACUGCCAUGCUCCCUACCGUGAUAGAAAUGUACUUACCCUCUGAAACUGUAGGCCCCCAAUAAACUUGUUCUUCCAUA